AUGUAUGCGUACAAAUUGAUCGCCUGGGAGCCUAGUCCCAUCACCCACACCCAGUGCAGGGGCAACGUGCUGCCGUGCGGAUGUGUGCGCAUGUAUGCACAUGUCCACAUCUCCAUCGUUGGGUCCACUGUCCCCUCUCUUCCCAAAAUUCACGCACGCGCGCACCCUCCAGAUCCAAUCAGGGUGUUAGUUGCACAUGUGCACGCAUACGGGCAGGUCAACAAGGUCACUGCUGUGGAGAGCGAUCGAUUGGUCGGUGCGGGAGUGUAUGCCAGUGUGCGCUACUGCGCCGUUGCUGCAACAGCACCGCUGUGCUGCUUCUGGGGCUGA